AUGUCCUGGACUCCUGUCCUGCUCGCACUCCUCGCCCACUGCAUAGGCUGUGGCUCUCAGCCAGUGCUGAACCAGCCGCCAUCCAUGUCCUCAUCCCUCGGAACCACAAUCCGCCUGCCUUGCACCUUGAGCCGAGACCAUGAUGUCAGCAUUUAUAACAUCUACUGGUACCAGCAGAGGCCCGGCCACCCGCCCAGAUUCGUGCUGAGAUAUUUCUCCCACUCAGACAACAACCAGGGCUCCAAGAUCCCGCCUCGCUUCUCCGGAUCCAAGGAUGUGGCCAAGAACACGGGGUAUUUGAGCAUCGCUGAGCUGCAGCCUGAGGAUGAGGCUACGUAUUACUGUGCUGUGGGAGGCCAGGGCAUGGAGAAGGUGAGGGAGAUAAGGAGGCAAGAAAAGGAGCCUACUGUUCCAGGGUCCCAGGCACCCCAGGACAAACUUACCAUGAACUAA